AUGCCGAUGUUAAGGCAUUACCACUAUUAUCUCUUCUUGCUUCUAUCAAUUGUUGUUUUUGUUGUUGAUGCUUCAAACGAUGAAGCUGUUGUUUUGCUUUCAUGGCUUCAUUCGCCAUCACCAAUUUCACCACAUUCUUCUUUUUCAAACUGGAACCCAUCUGAUGAAAACCCUUGUGAUUGGUCUUACAUCACUUGUUCUUCACAAAAACAUGUUACCCAAAUCAAUAUCCAGUCUAUCGAAUUAGCUCUUCCUUUUCCUUCCAAUCUUUCAUCGUUUAGAUUUCUUGAAACUCUUGUAAUUUCAGGUGCUAAUUUGACUGGAAAGAUCCCAGAUGAGAUUGGAGAAUGUAAUGCACUCCAGGUGUUUGAUGUAAGUUCUAACAGCCUUAUUGGGAGUAUUCCAACUUCAAUCGGUAAGCUUUUGAACCUUCAAGAUUUAACAUUGAACUCCAAUCAACUUACUGGAACAAUCCCACAACAAAUUGGUAAUUGUUCAAGCUUGAAGAAUCUUGUUUUGUUUGAUAAUUACUUAACUGGAGAGCUUCCAGUUGAGCUAGGAAAUCUUCAGAUGUUAGAAGUUAUUAGAGCUGGAGGAAACAAAGAGAUUUCUGGAAUGAUUCCUAGUACAUUGGGUAACUGUCAAAAUCUCGAAAUUCUGGGUCUUGCUGCCACCAAGAUUUCGGGUUCGAUUCCUAGAUCUUUAGGUAGUCUAACCAAGCUUCGAACCUUUUCGGUUUACACGACACAGCUUUCAGGAAUCAUCCCACAAGAACUCGGCAACUGUUCUGAGCUUGUUGAUUUAUAUCUAUACGAAAAUGGUCUUUCUGGCUCACUUCCAUCUGAAUUCGGGAAUCUUCACAAGUUAGAAAAGAUGUUAUUAUGGCAAAACAAUCUUUUCGGACCGAUACCUCCAGAAAUCGGGAACUGUAGAAGUUUGAAAACCAUUGAUCUAUCUUUGAACUUCUUUUCUGGUGGCAUUCCUUGGUCACUUGGCAAUCUGGUCAAUCUAGAAGAGUUGAUGCUGAGUAACAACAAUCUUUCAGGCUCGAUUCCACCCGUUCUUGCAAACUGUACCCAUCUCAUACAGCUGCAGCUCGAUAGAAAUGGUUUAAUGGGUUCGAUCCCACUGGAGUUAGGGAUGUUAUCUGAGUUAUCAGUGUUCUUCGCUUGGCAGAACAAACUCGAAGGAAUUAUACCUUCAACAAUGGCAGGUUUGGUGAGCCUUCAGUCUCUAGAUUUGUCUCAUAACUUUCUUUCUGGUAGCUUACCGUCUGGUUUAUUUGAUCUGAAGAAUCUAACGAAGCUUUUAUUGAUCUCAAACGAUAUUUCUGGCUCAAUCCCGUCUUCCAUAGGGAAUUGCAGCUCACUAAUUAGACUUAGGCUAGUAAACAACAAGAUCAGCGGGCAGAUUCCAAAAGAAAUCGGGUUUCUUGAGAAUAUUGAUUUUCUUGAUGUUUCUGAUAACGAUCUCACCGGGGAAAUCCCGGAUGAAAUUGGAAACUGCACACGUCUUCAAAUGCUGAAUCUUAGUAAUAACACCCUUUCUGGCACUUUACCUAGCUCACUAGCUUCAUUAACCAACCUUCAAGCAUUAGAUAUUUCCAACAAUCGGUUUGUCGGUCAGAUUCCCGAGAGUUUUGGGCAGUUGGCUUUCAUCAAUAGACUUGUAAUCAAUAGAAAUUUCUUUUCUGGAUCGAUCCCGACAACUCUUGGUCGAUGUUCCAAUCUCCAGUUUCUCGAUCUUGGCGGUAACAGGUUAUCUGGUAACAUUCCGGUGGAGCUUUUCAGUUUGGUUUCGUUAGAUAUCGCAUUAAAUUUGAGUUGGAAUUUCUUAAAUGGAACAAUUCCAUCGGAAAUAUCGUCUUUAAACAAGCUUUCUGCUCUAGAUCUUUCGCACAAUAUGCUUGAAGGAGACUUGAUGGCUCUUUCUGGGCUCGUGAAUCUUGUCUCCUUGAAUGUUUCUUACAACAAUUUUACGGGUUUUCUCCCCAACACCAAGCUUUUCCAUUUGUUAUCGGCCCAAGAAUUUGAUGGAAAUGAAGGGUUGUGCCCUUUGGGACAUAAAUCUUGUUUCAUUGGCCAAAGCGGUGGAACCGGAAUUGCUGACAAAAGGGGUAUUCGGCAGUCGAAGAAACUCAAAGUUGCUAUCGCUUUAUUAGCUAUUGCAGCUGUGGCAUUGGUCGUUCUUGGGGUGAUAGCCGUUUAUCGAGUUCCGAAAUCGAAGUCCCAAGAUACCGAUUCUGAAACGGGUGGUUGGAGUUCAUCAAACUGGAAAUUUACGCCAUUUCAGAAGCUUAGUUUUACAAUCGAUCAAAUCUUGAGAUGUUUAGUUGAGACCAAUGUGAUCGGAAAGGGCUGUUCGGGUGUCGUUUAUCGUGCAAAUCUUGACCAUGGUGAAGUGAUUGCUGUCAAGAAACUGUGGCCGACGACAACGGCAACAGCUUACUGUCGAAAUGAUCAUCAUGCAGCCUCGAGUGUGGUUCGCGAUUCUUUUUCGACCGAGGUCAAAACCCUCGGCUUGAUUCGUCACAAGAACAUAGUCCGGUUCUUGGGUUGUUGCUGGAAUCGAAACACGAGGCUGCUUAUGUAUGAUUACAUGCCGAAUGGGAGUUUGGGCGCUGUUCUUCAUGAAAACAGUGGCUGCUGCUUGGAAUGGAACUUACGGUAUCAGAUAAUCUUGGGUUCGGCUCAAGGAUUGGCUUAUUUACACCACGAUUGUGUUCCUCCGAUCGUUCAUAGGGAUAUUAAGGCGAACAACAUCCUCAUUGGCCUAGAUUUCGAACCUUAUAUAGCAGAUUUCGGCCUCGCAAAACUCGUUGACGAUAGAGAUUUUGCUCGAUCUUCAAGCACCGUCGCGGGUUCUUUUGGUUACAUCGCUCCAGAGAUUGGGUACAUGAUGAAAGUAACGGAAAAGAGCGACGUAUACAGCUUUGGUGUCGUGAUGCUCGAAGUCUUGACCGGGAAGCAGCCGAUCGACCCGACCAUCGAAGACGGGCUGCACAUCGUGGACUGGGUUCGACAGAAACGAGGUGCGGUCGAAGUGCUGGACUCGUGCCUACGGGCUCGGCCCGACCCCGAGCUUGAGGAGAUGAUGCAAACGCUCGGUGUGGCUUUGCUCUGUGUUGCCCCGUCCCCGGACGAUCGACCGUCCAUGAAAGACGUGGAAGCAAUGUUGACGGAAAUUAGGCACGAUCGUGAGGAGGGUUCGAAAGCCGAGACCACGAUGAUUCUUAAAGGAGAAGAAAACCGAAAGGCGUGUGAAGGCCCGUCCACGGAUGCAAUGAAGUGCUUGUACAUUGAAAGCAAUAACUCGAGCUUUGAUGCUUCAUCGCUGUUGUACUCGUCUUCGGCGAAUGCCGAAAAAGAUGGAGUUUAGGUUUAGAGGUUUUAGAGAUUGAUUGUAGAUCUGUUGAAUUAGAGAGUUUCUCUAGCUUCUAGUUCAGUU